UGUUUUCUGCAUGGAAUUUCAUUCGAGUUUUAAAUAUCGAACUUGUUGGACGUUUAUCACUUCGCGCUCGCUGAAAAAGACAAUUCGUGUAGUUUAUUCAUAUUUGCAUAAAGAAUAUAAAUAUAUAUAGGAGGCAAAGUAGCACACACUCGUGAGAAAAUGGGAUUAAAUUGUGGAGCAAGUCUCAUCAAAUAUGUGUUGUUUGUGUUCAACCUCAUCUGCGCCAUUGGAGGCAUUGCAUUAAUGGCUGUUGGUGGCAUUGCUUUGAAGAAAAUUGACGAAGUCAAAGAUGUCUUCAAUGAUGGAGAUCAUCCUGGAUUCUUCCCAGCAGCGAUCAUUGCUUUGGGUGCCUUAAUCUUUAUCAUUGCAUUCUUUGGUUGUUGCGGAGCCAUUCGCGAAUCACAAUGUCUUUUGAAUCUCUACGCACUUUGCUUGCUUAUUGUUAUCGUUCUUCAAGUGCUUCUCUCAAUUUACGUUAUUGUUUACAACAGAGAUGUUCAAGAAACUGCAAUGAAAGGGUGGGAUCGUAUUUGGGGUGGUCGUUCAGUCGCUGAAAUCAACAGACGUACAAUCGAUAAAGUCCAAGAAACAAUUCAUUGUUGUGGCAGUCAAUAUCCCCUUGAUUGGGGACUUGCCAUUCCCAGAUCGUGUUGCGAUCCAAAUUCACAAGUCUGCAAUGAGCUUUACUCAUAUCGCAUUGGUUGUAAACAACAAAUUAGAAACAUUACCGAAAACUAUUCUGCAUGGAUCGCAUAUUUGUCGCUUGUCAUGGCCGUUAUUGAGCUUGUCGGUGUCAUCUUUGGCUGUUGCUUGAGCUCCAACAUUCGAAAUAGCUCCAGGUUGUCUUUCUAAUUUUUUUGUUGUUUUUUCGGCAAUUUUGUUUUUGUGGAUGGUUCAUGGGAAACGCAAAUUGUCUCACUUACACACACGCAAAUUCGAAGAAAAAAAAUAUUCAUAAAUUUCGAUAGCAAAAUUUAAUCAACAAAUAAAAAUUUUUAAUAUUUUAGAAUAAUUUAAAUCAUCAAGUCGUUUACAUCACUUGUGAACCAUUCCCAAGAUUUUAAAUUAAAUCAUAAGCAAUUUCUUGUGAUUUAAUGCUUUUAAUUUCAUGCUUAAAAUGUUUUGUUGUGACUAACAAAAACUUUUUUUUUCCCAUUCCCAUUACAGAUACGAUUAGAACGCUUCAAAAUUUGAUUCAUUAAUUUUAACGUCUCAUAAAAACAUUUUCAUCUUCCCACGCACCUUUCAAGAACCGAAACCUUUCUGUCCUCCACUUGAAUCCUCGUAUUAUUAACUUGAAUAAUUCAAUACAAAUUCACGUAAAUGUGAACUGCUGUCAAAACUGAAUCUUUCUUUUUAAAAAUUUAUGUAAGAUUAAAAAUUGAAACUCAUCUUUGUAUCAAUCAAGCACAAAUUUAUUUGAUUAAGUAAGAAAUCAACAAAAAGUAAAGGAGAAUGAAUCAUCGCUGCUUGUUUUGCUUCAGCAAUGUUUUACUACGAUAUAUCAUAAGUUGAAUGCAUUAAAAUUUAUUUACUUAUAAUAAUACUUUCAAUGUAAACUUCAAACGAAAAUUCAAGAUAAUAAAGAUGAUGAUGAUGAACUUUCUAAGAUAAAA